CAGGUCGGUUAAGAUCGGGUUCGGGUUGAAUUGCCAUCCCUAAUAAAGUUUCAUUUAAGCCCAUAAAAAUGGUUUUAAUGUCAAGGCUACUUGAACUAUUACAUAUGGAUUUAUUUGGGCCGUAAACGUUCAAAGCCUAGGUGGAGCCAGUUUUACUUUUGUAAUUGUAGAUGAUUUUUCUCGUUACACUUGGACUAUAUUACUUGCCAAUAAAGAUGAUGCGUUUAAUGCGUUUGUUAAGUUGUGCAAGAGAAUCCAAAAUGACAAAGGUAAUUGCAGGAUCAAAUGAAGAAGAAGAGGAAGAAGAAAUCCUGGAAAUUCCUGCACAAGAAGAAGAAAGUGCAAAGAAGGAACUACCGAAGGCAUACAAACACUUGAAGAAUCAUCCAAGAGACAAUAUCAUUGGAGAUAUUGAAAAGGGAGUUAGAACUAGGAACAAUUACAAUCUUUGUGCACACUAUGCGUUCGUUAGUCAAUUUGAACCUAAGAACGUAGAAGAUGCACUAAAAGAUAGUGAUUGGAUUAUAUCCAUGCAACUAGAGCUUGAGCAAUUUGAACGCAACAAGGAGAGUGCAUUCAUAAACCCCAAUCACCUAAACAAACCCUAUGGCAUGCUUCUUACCCAUAUUUUCGCCAAGAGAGAAAUUCUUGAGGUGCGCCGUUCUCGCGUCCGCUUUCUUGACGCGGAGUGCCUUGGGUAUUGUGGCCUUGUAAAGAUUGGAGAGGAGUAUUACAUGAAGAAGGAGUUUCAAAAUAUUGAUGAGGUGACACGAGCGGAGUAUGGUCCUCGGCGUUCCAUGUCAUCUUUGCCUUCCACUUCACGCAUGUUAGUCGAUUUAGACGUUGUGCCCACGCCUUAGGAGGGGGGGGGGGGUGAAUAAGGCGUUUAAAAUAUUUUCAGAGUUUGAUAAAAACGGUGUUGGCAAAUGCGGAAGCAAUAUAUAAAACGUAGAAAUAAAAGCGUAAAUAAAAGGCACACCGAAUUUAUACUGGUUCGGGAAACCCCUACUCCAGUACCUCGAGGCUCCUCCUCAAGGAUUUCCGAAUCCACUAAGUUCCGGCCUCUUGAACUCCGUCAAAGCACCGCACUAGUUUUGGCAAACAACCCUUGCCAAUAGGAUUCACUCCGAGAUUUCACAACGGCUAUCUCGAACCGUUUACAAUGAAGAUUUAACGGCUAU